AUGAUUACCGGGAUCGUCUUCCAGUCCGACCUGAGCACAUCGCAGAGCAGCUUUGAGGAGGAGAUGGAGCACCGCAGGAAGAAGCUGGCUGCCAUCAAGUGCCUGUCGCUGGGGACCACGCUCAACUUCCAGUUCUACGCCGAUGCCAGUGAUGCCGGCAAAGCUCCGGCAGACAGCUCUGAGCCAUCAGGCUUGCGAGUCAUCAACCUGCAGCACUUGGACAGGUACCAGGAGAGCGAGCAUGACAUCCUGCGCCAGCUCGUCCAGCGCUUUGCUGUGCCUGAGAAGCUCCGGUUUUCGCUGCUGGGUCGCAUCACAGUGGCGCGCAAGUUCGGCACGCUGGAGGGCCGCCGCCACCUGGCGCGGCUGCGGCUGCUGUCGUUGCACAUCCUGUUCCAGUGCAACCCCAGCCCUGAGGCCGUCGCGGAGUUCUACUCCCAGGAGCCCGAGUUCGUCAGCGACCUCGUUUGCCUGCUCGUCGGCGGAGCCGCCAUCCCCGAGGACCUACGCAUCCUGGCGCUGCGAGUGUUGGCCGUGCAGCUGCUCGACCGCACCCACCACACGGGGGUCAUCACCGCGAUCAGCUCCGGCGGCCAGAGCGGGCUGCUGUCCAUGCUCAUGCAUCGCUCCAUCGCCUCGGUCGCGGCCGGCGCGGCCGGCGGCGCGCAGCCGGAGUACAGCGUUCAAUUCGUGGACGCGCUGCUGACACUCGUGGGCGCGCUGUCGGCCUCUACCUCUGGCUGCAGCGCGUUGCAGGAGGCCGGCACGCUGUCGGCGCUGAUGCCGAUGCUGAAGGACACGGACCCGGCGCACAUCGGGCUGGUGGCCUCGGCCGUGCGCAUCCUGGAGGCCUUCAUGGACUUCUCCACUAGCUCGGCCUCGCAGUUCCGGGAGAUGGGCGGCCUCACCGACAUGAUCGACCGGCUCAAGCUGGAGGUCGGCAUCACGGCUGAGCCCGAUCAGGCGGUUACGCCUGCAGCCGCCGCCAGGCCGGACGAUAUGCAGACGGACGCGCCCGCCCCGAGAGCUGUGGCCGCGCCGGCCGGGCCCAAGUCUGGCGCCGCGGCGCCACAGCCGGGCGUCCUCAUCUCAUACCAGCGCCGCGUGCUGCUCAAGGCCCUGCUGCGCACCAUCGCCCUCACCAGCUACGCUCCCGGGGCAUCUGCCAGGCCGCAGGAGGAGGACAGUGCGGCGCUCUACGCCUGCCUGCGCAGAAUCUUCGAGCGCUCGAGCGAGUUUGGGGGAGGACUCUUUGCCCUGUCAGCGUCUGUCAUGACGGACCAGAUGCACCAUGAGCCCCUCACAUUUACUGCGCUCGAGGAGGCGGGCCUGCCGGAGGCUUUCCUCAACACCAUCAAGGCGGGUGUCCUGCCAUCUGGAGAAGCUGUCUGUGCUGUGCCAAGCACCCUGGUGGCAUUGUGUCUCAAUGAGAAGGGCCUGGAGCGAGUGAAGGAGAGCAAGGCUCUGGACUGCUUUGUCCCCAUCUUCACUACGCCCACAUACCUGCGAGCUCUGCAGUUCCAGGGAGACACCCCGAGCGCCUUGGGUAGCAAUUUCGAUGAGCUGAUGCGCCACGUCAACUCUCUGCGCAAUGACACCGUGGAGAUGGUUCUCACCAUCUUCCACGACGCAAAGCCUGCAGAUGUCACACCUGCAGACGUGGACAUGUCAGGAUCUGCAGCUGCCAGCUCCAAGGCCGGCAGUGACCGCCAUGCCAACUGGCACCCGCACGUGGCGGAGUGCAUCAUGCACUCGGCGCGCCUGCUGGAGACGAUGCUGGCAAACCAGAGCUUCUCCAGGCAGUUUGUGGAGAAGGGUGGCCUGCAGCUGCUGCUCAGGCUCUACACGCUGAAGCACCUGCCGCCAACCUUCGGCUCCUCCAGCGCUGCGCAUGCCGUCAUGGCCGCCUUCCGCGCGUGCACGCAGCUGCACGGCGCCCUGGUCACCGAGAAGGUCGCUGAGGCGCUGGCCGAGCACUUGAGGACCACCCUGCUCCUGGCCAUGUCCAUCGGCAGGUCGGCGCUGCAAGACGUGGACGCAAAGCGGCGGGACGAGUACACGCGCUGCGUGUCGUCCUUGGAGGGAGUGACCUCCCUCGCCUCGGCCGUCUCCCGCUCCGGCAUGUCCAUGCUCAACGAGGUGUCCAAGGCCGGCCGCUUCGCCGGGUUGAAAACGCUCGUCCUGGACGAGCCGGUCCCGGAGCUCGCGCUCGCCGUGGAGAACGUGACGCCGGCGUCGGCCAUCAUCGCGCGCGUGGGGGACCUGGAGCGCAUCGUGCACCUGCAGAUCGCGCUGGCCGAGAAUCGCAAGGCCGAGAUGGAUGCCGAGGGCCUCCUGGAGGCGGCCAGCGCCGAAGGGGUCCAGAAGGCCGCGCCGCAGGAGCCGGCUCCCGAGGCAGAGGCAGCGAGCGCCGUCCAGAACUUUGCAGAGCUGGUCGACGGGCUGAGCAUGCGCCAGCAGCAGCGGGUGCUGCGAGAAGCCGCGAUGCGCGCCAACCAGGGCCUGCCCAUGCCCUCGCGUGCGCUCCUGCUCGCUGCCGAGAGCGAGCGCCUGGCCGAAGACGGCGACGUCGUCGAACCCCCUGCUGCCGGCAGCCCCCGGGAGGCGUCGGGGGGCCAUAAGAACGGCAAGAAGAAGUCGGGCGAGGAUCUGGCGCUGGAGGUGCUGACGCACUUUGCGGCGACGGUGCGCGGCUUCUACUCGUCGCUGACCAAGUCCAUCCACACGCCGCUGCGCCGUCGCGAGGAGGGCCUGGCCAUGACGCCCGCCAUCCGCAGCACCGCGCUGCACCUCGGUCUCGUCAUGAAGAUGAACUGCGAGGGCGAUGCGGAGGCGUCAAGCAGCUCCGCAGGCUCGCUGCCGCCGGCGAAAUACAAGGAGUGGAGCCAGUGGCGGGCGCGCUAUCUGAGCGCCAUGGUGGACGAUCUGGGCGUCGUGCUGUUUGACAACCGCCGCGGCACGUGCCACUGCCUCAUGCUCAACUACUGGGUGCGCUGCGGCGGCCUGCAGGCCUUCCUCGCCCAGUUCGGCACCGCCGCGCAGUUCCUGUGGGACGUCACCGCUGCCGAGGCCGCCCUCGGCAGCGCGCCGGCCAGCCAGAUGGAAGAGGCGCCGUCCUCCAAGGACGCCAGGCGCAAGACAGAGGCGGAAAGGAAGCGUGUGGGCCGGGUGAAGGAGCGCGCAGAGAUGCUGCUGGCGUCAAUGCUGGCGCUGCUGAACCAGCUUUCUGACUCAGCGCGCAUCCUCAACUCCCCCCUGGCCGCCUCCCUGCUUGUGGUGCCCCUUAAUGACGAGGACCAGGAGACCAACGCCGCCUGGAGCUCCGCCGAGAACCUGGUCAAGUCACUCAAGUCAGCCAUCCUGGACGCGGUGCUGCCGGUGUGGGGCAGCCCCUCACUGGCUUCCUGCAGCCCCCAGAACACGGGCGCGGUCACCAGCAUCCUCAAGCACUGCACCGAGGCCGUCACCCCGCCGGCCAGCCGCUCGGGCGCCCGCGGCGCGCCGCCGCCGGACCCGGCCAUCGUGCAGCAGGUCGUGGAGAUGGGCUUCAGCGAAGAGCGCGUGGGCCACAAUAGCGUGGAGCUGGCGAUGGAGUGGCUGAUCAGCCACCCCGAGGAGCUGAUGGAAGCUGCGCCGCCGGCCCCUCAGCCCCAGGCCGACCAAGUGCCCGUGGUUGCCAAAGCCAUCAACCUGGCUCCUGCUCAGGCGCUGCUGAAGCCCAAGAACGAGGCGCCCAGCACAGAGCAGCUGGUGGACGGGGCGGUCUCGGUGCUGGAGCAGGUGCCAACGGCAGCCUUCUCGCUGGCCGACCUGCUCAAGUCGCACAGCGCGCAGCAGGGCUGCCGGGAGGACGGCGCCGUGAUCGCGCGGCUGCUGCAGCGGCUGCACAGUGGGGACUCCUUUGCGGAGACCGUGAGCGGCCAGCCGGCCGUCGGCCUGCUCGCGCCCGCGCACUUGCUCGCGUUGCUCUGCGACGACGACCCCGGCAUGCGUCGCGCCGGCGCCAAGACAGCACUCAAGGGGCUGGGCACCGGUGACGUGGAGCCCAUCCCUCGCUGGGUGGACGCUCUGCUGCUGGUGCUGGAUGCCUGCACCCGUAUCGACUGGCAGGCUCCGGAGGCUCCUGCCAGUGCCCCCGAGCUUAACAGCGUCAAUGAGCCUGCUGCGCCGGAGGCAGAACAGGCAUGCCCCCUCAUCUGCAUUUUAUGCUAUGAGCAUGAGAUGAUGAUGCUGAUGGUGGUGGUGGUGGUGGUGGUGGUGGGCAUGGAUGUGGAUGCACCGGGAGCUCCUGAGCAGCCUGCAGCCACCACCUCUGCUCCAGCAGCGGAGGAGGCUCAGGCGUUAGAGCAGCCAUCUGCCCCUGGGCCUGCCGACACAACAGCCAUGCCUGAGCCUGCGCCCAGUGUGGAGGACGUCUUCAGGAAGCUUCCAAAGCAUGAGGGCAUCCUCUCUGAGGAGGAGGAGGACAGGGCAGUGAGGGUGGCAAUGGCGCUACUGCGUCAUCUGCAUGCCUGGGGCGCUGUCUACCAGGAGCCCAAGGAGACCCCCACUGAGGCAGCUGCCCUGCAGCUGCCGGACCCCCCCUCCUCGGCCCAGGGCGUCCUGCUGCUGUUGUCUUGCCUCACCAAGCGCCACAGCAUCGCCCUCAAGGUGCUGGCUGGGAGGGGCCCCAAGCUGAUCUUGGAGCUGCCGCUGGCCUGCUUCACGCCGGAUCUGGAGCCCUACAUCAGCGCCAUCAUGCGCCACAUCCUGGAGGACCCCGUCACCCUGCAGGCUGCCAUGGAGGCCGAGAUUCGUAGCACCCUCACCAAGGGCCGCGCCCCCAAGCCUAGCGGCUACCCUUCAGUGAGCCAGCAAUCCGAUGGCAGCAUGCCUGUGAAGCAAUUCUUGCAGACAUGCGCGGCCGUCAUCAACCGGGAGCCCACUGUGUUCUUUGAUGCCGUCCUUGGGACAUGCACCAUCCGUGAGAACAAUGGGCGGCCACUGGUCGUCCUGAAGAAGGUCAAGGCGGAUGGCGCAAAGCUGUCUGAUGACAAGAAGGAUGGUGAUGCGCCGAGCGGGGGGCCGCCAGACUCGAGCACUGGCGGAGCAUCCCGAGGCAGUGGAGCCUCUGGCCCUUCUGCUGCCACCCCAGACCCACAGGGCAAUCCUGCCAGCUCCUCUGGCGGCGUGGGAGCUGGGGGUGGUACUCCAGGGGGUGGUCCUCCGGGCGGGGGGCCAGGUGGGGGCGGCGGUGGUGGCGGUGGUGGGGGGAAGACCCCCAAGGACAAGGACAAGGAAAAGGAAAAGGAAAAGGACGGCAAGACACCAGGUCGGAGCGGCAAGAAGGUGCCGAGCAACUUCGUGGAAGUCAUCGACACCCUGGUGGACCUGGUGCUGCGCUACGAGGGGCCCUACUCUGAGAGCAAGCCCAAGGACCCCAGCACAGGUGCUGCUGCAAUGGACACAGACACACCAGCAGCACAGCCGAGCUCCAGCGAGGCACCAUCUGCGGAUGUGACACUGUCGGCGGAUCUCGAUGUCAAGCAGAUUGCUGCGCAAGUGGAGCAAGCCGCGCGCGCCAAGUCGCUGGAACACAGGCAGCAGGAGAAGAACAUGCUGGUGCAGUGCAUUGCGCUGAAAAUGCUAACGGACUUCACGCUCAUGUACAACGCGUGUGUCGGCGUGCUGCUCAAGCGCGAUGCGGAGGGAACGCGCGGCCGUGGCUCCAGCCCACCAUCCACCCCUGCUGCCCCCAAGCUGGACUCCGCCCAGAACCUUCUAUUCAGGCAUCUGGUGUUCAUGCCAGAGCCUGAGGUGAGCAUGCAGCCGCUGGGCGAGCAGACCUCCUUCUUCCUGCAGGCCGUCUGCAUCAGGUCUGCGGAGGGGAGGAAGCGCAUAAUCUCAGAGAUCGUGCGCACUCUGAGCCCCAGCCCUGACCAGAAGCCGCCUGCAGCCGGGGGCAUGCCGAGCGCAGAAGUGCUGGCCACCAUCCCCUUCAAGCAAAAGGACGGCUUCCCACCACCCUACAAGGUGAAGGCCUUUGUCGAGCUGGCAGGGUCUCUCCUGUCAGCAGGCGCCGCCAAGAGCCAGGCGGGCCAGCCCAGUGGGCUUUCAGGGGAGAUGCUGCGUUGCAUGCGCAGCGCAGGGGUCAUCAAUGCCCUCAUUGGCGCCCUCAAGCUCAUCGACAUGGACCAUCCAAAUGCUGUCAAGAGCAUCACAUCCAUCUUGAAGCCGCUGGAGAUCCUGACUCGCGCGCUGCCUCCGUCCCUGCUCGGAGCCUUUAGCAGGCAGAGCAGGCAGCCGAGGCUGUUUGACAGGACCACUCUUGGCGGCGUCUUGGCGGCUGGGCCGUCAGAGCCGGACGUUGAACGUGCACUGGCAGCACUGGAGGGUCCUUCGUCGGGAGAUGAGCCGAUGAGGGAUGCUCAGGAGGAGUCGGCGGCGGCCGGCCCCGAGGCGGUGGCGGCUGCCGAGCGGCUGCGGCAGGCCUUUGAGCGUGAUCAGAAUCAGGACGGGGUGGACGGCCUUUCGCGAUCCGUAGAGUCGGUCAUGGAGCAGAUCAUCGAGCACGCCUAUGGAGAGGACGGCAUGGAGGGCUUCCCGGAGUCAGACUCAGAGGGGGAUGGCACCGACGAGGACGUCAUCGAGUCAGAGGAGGAUGACGCUAUGGGGGAGGAGCCCAUGCCGGACAUGACAGACGAAGAGGAUGAGGACCUGGAGGGCGCUGAGGGGCCUGAUGACGAGGAUGAUGAUGACGAUGAUGAUGAUGACCACCACCGACAUCAUCACCGACAUCACCACCACGACAGCGCGGACCAGUCCGUGUACAGCGACGACGAGAGCAGCAGCGAUGAGAGCGGGGACGAGGAUCAUGAGGUGGAGGUCAUCUUUGACGACAUUGAGGAGGAUGCCAUGGUGGGGCCCUUGAUGGGGGACGACCAGCUCAUCAUGGAGCACGGCGGGGACGAGGAUGGCAGCACAGAGGAUGAGGAUGACAUGCAUGAUGGGGGAGAGGAAGGGGACGACCACGGUCACUAUGAAGAUGGUGACGAGGACGAUGACGUGGACGAUGACGAGGAUGAGGACGGUGAAGACGGGGAGGACUUUGGCAUCGACGACCUGCCCGCCAUGGAGGACCACGACUUCCUGCUGGAGGAUGAUGAGGACGGCCUGCUGGCGUGGCCGGAGGAGGAUGGCAUGAUGGGCGACGAGAUGUUCCACCCCAACCCCCACCCCCCGCGGUGGGUCGGCAUCCCCCGCAUGAACGGCACCCACAACCUCGCGCGCGCCGGGGCCGCAGCCCAGCAAAACGCUGUCGAGAUGAUGGUGAAUGAGCUGCUCAACACGGGCGCGCUGGGCGGCGUCCAGGUGGACGGCCGCGACCAGCGCUUCCGUUACCGCAUGCGCGCCACGCAGCAGCCCAACGGCGCGCCCUCCGCCGCCGGCCUCCCGGGCGCCACCGGGGCCCCCCGCCACAGGCUGCUACAGAGGCCGCCAGCGGCGCCCGGCGCUCGGAGCGCUGCAGACGAGGGGCGCUCUGCCAACGAGAUGCGCAUCAUGCGGAUGAACCAGCCCUUUCCGGGACUGUUCGGCGCCGAAGAUGCGGCCGGUGCGGGAGAGUACUGGAUGAUCACGGCGGACAACGGGCAGCGGGGCUUCCCGGGGCCGCGCGGAAUCAUGCUGCAGGCCCCCAACGCUGGAAGCCUCAUCGACUUCUCGGGAGACGUGCUGCGCACCCCCGGCGUCAUGGCCGGCAUGUCCAACUGGUCCAACGACGGCCAGCCGCCGUCCGCGCUUGAGUCCACCCAGCUGGCAGGGCAACUGGAGCAGUCUCUUGUGGAGACCCUGCGCCAGCAUGCAGCCCCUGAGGAGGCUGAGGAGCACCAGGCAGGAGCGCCGCCAACGGCGGCUGCUGUAGAUCCGCUGCAGGAGGCGCAGACGGCGAUAGCCCAGGCUCUGGAGCGUGCAGCUGGCGGGGAGCAAGUUGAGGCAGGGCAGGACAUGGACCGGGUCCUGUCAACGAUACAGAGGCAUCGCGAAGAGCUGGAGCAGGCCCACGCCAACAUGGAGCGCAACCAGCAGGCGCUGCGGCAGAUGGACGAGAGGCUGCGCAACGCGCCACCCGACCUGCAGGCGCUGCUCAACAGCAGCGCACAGGUGCGCCAAGCAGUGAACGCUCUCCAGGAGGCCAGCCGCGCUGCCGCCGCCCUGGUCUCCCCUGCAGCCGCCCCGCCCGCCCCGCCACAGGCAGCUGCGGGUAAUGCCGCCCGCAGCACACCGCAGGCAGUGGCGGCUGGCGUGAGCGGCCAGACGGCGUCGGAGCAGCAGAGCAACGAGACGAUGGUGUCUCCGCAGGACGCAAACAGGGCGGCCGCCAAUGUGGCAACCAGCCUGGAGUCCCUGCGCCAGAGCAUACGCAGUGUUGACGCCGUUCCAGAGGACCUGAGGGAGGCUUGGGAGCGGCUGAUCCUGACCUAUGGAGAGCAGGGCGCUGCCAGACAGGGCGAGCAGAUGCCAGCCACCGCCCAGGCGCUGACCGAUCCACAAGUGGACAUCAUUCGGCAGUCCUUGCGGGACAGAGUGGGCGGGAGGCUGCGGGAGAAUGGUUCACAGGCAGCCGCAGCGCAGUUUGAGCGAUUCGUGGCCGGCUUUGAUCCCCGCAACAUCGCGCAAGUCCCUGCGGACAUGCAGGCAAUGAUCAAUGCCAUUGAGAGGCCCGCAUCGGCGCAGCGUGCACAGCAGACGGCGGCUCAGCCGCAACCGGAGGGCGAGCAGACCCCGGCUGCCACGGCGCCUGGGGCGUUGCCUCCGCCUGCGCCCAGGCGCACCCGCUACCAGGCCAGGCUGCGGGGAACGCCGCCGCAGGACGUUGCAGAACGCGAUUCCAGCGAGCGGCUGCGCACCGGGCUGGCCGCAGCGCUCGCCCGGCCGCCGCAGCGGAGGCCGGCGUCGCAGCCGGCCGCGCAGGGACAGCCGCCGGCCGCGCUGUCAACCGCCAUCGGCGCGGAGCUCUUCAGCUCUGCCAUGAGCGCUGCCAUGUCCGGCAUGACAGCCUCCGCGCAGCCAGCACCGGCCCAGCCGCCGCCGUCGCCACCGCCGAUCAUCGGGGCCAAUAUGCUGAGCGCGGCACUGUCUGGGGCCGCGGCCCUGUCAUCCUCCGCCGCUGAGUCGCAACCGCAACCGGAGCAAUAA